CAAAGAAUCCUGAAUAUCUUAAGUCCACACAUCUUCGAAAGCACGUUGCAACAUUGUCCCAGAUUCUCAACCUCAAAAAUAAUGAGCUUGACCAACUAGCCAACUUUUUGGGCCAUGAUAUUCGGGUCCACAGAGACUUCUAUCGGCUGCCAGAGGCAACUAUCGAAAUGGCAAAAAUCUCAAAGCUUCUUCUGGCAAUGGAGAAAGGAUCUCUUGGAAGAUUCCAAGGAAAAUCUCUUGACGAGAUUGAGAUUGAAGAUGAAUUGGAUCCGGAAACAAUUGGAGAGGAAGAUCCAGACGACGAUGACGAUGACGGUGACGAUGAUGGAGAUGGUGAAAAGUCUCAUCCUGUCCUUGGAUUAAGAGGAAAACGAAAAACGAUGACAUCAUCCCAGGAUGAAACAAAGAAUUCAAAGGGAAAGAGAAGUCACCUGGAAACCAGAGGUGAGGUCACCAGCUCCAAAGAGGUUCGAAGAAGAUACAUAAAAAAGUCAUGGAGCAAAAUGGAAGUGUCUGCAGUGAUGAAACACUUCAAGGCCCACAUUUUGAAGGGACACUUGGCCACAAAAAUGGAGUGUGAGCAGUGCAAGCUUGCCGAAGACCAUAUUUUAAAAGGAAGGACUGUACAAAACAUUAGAGACUUUGUAAGGAACAGGGGACGCAUGUCCACAAAGGGAAAUUUAGUUUGAGGGAAUAUGUCCAAGAAACCUCUUUAAGCACCUGUUAAGAGUACAACUUUUGAGAAAAAUGUACAGUUCCCUUUUCAGUAAAAUGUUGUUACUGCGACUUUUGAAGCAGUAGAGUUCACUGCACUUGUUACUGCGUCUUUUGAAGCAGUAUAGUUUACUGCACAUGUUACUGCGUCUUUUGAAGCAGUAUAGUUCACUACACUUGUUACUGCGUCUUUUGAAGCAGUAUAGUUCACUGCACUUGUUACUGCGUCUUUUGAAGCAGUAGAGUUUACUGCACAUGUUACUGCGUCUUUUGAAGCAGUAUAGUUCACUGCACUUGUUACUGCGUCUUUUGAAGCAGUAGAGUUUACUGCACAUGUUACUGCGUCUUUUGAAGCAGUAGAGUUUACUGCACAUGUUACUGCGUCUUUUGAAGCAGUAUAGUUUACUGCACAUGUUACUGCGUCUUUUGAAGCAGUAGAGUUUACUGCAUCUUUUGAAGCAAUACUUAAGCAGAUAUAUAUAUUGCCAAUAUGUAAUGUUUGAUAAUGGUAUACAUUACAAUAAAUGUAUUUUCAUAUAAAGGCUGUCUAAUUUCGUGGUGGGGAGGGGCCCUGAUAAACACACGUAUUUGUAUAUAGCCAUCCAUCCCCAGGAUGGUCCUCAUAACCAAGGGUCUGGUCAUGUCGGUGUAUGUGUACUGGUAAUGUCCUGUUAAACCAGGAUGGUCCUCAUAACCAAGGGUCUGGUCAUGUCGGUGUAUGUGUACUGGUAAUGUCCUGUUAAACCAGGAUGGUCCUCAUAACCAAGGGUCUGGUCGUGUCGGUGUAUGUGUACUGGUAAUGUCCUGUUAAACCAGGAUGGUCCUCAUAACCAAGGGUCUGGUCGUGUCGGUGUAUGUGUACUGGUAAUGUCCUGUUAAACCAGGAUGGUCUUCAUAACCAAGGGUCUGGUCACGUUUGUGUAUGUGUACCGGUAAUGUUCUCAUAAAUAAGGGUGGUCUUUAUAAGUCACCUUCAUGAUAGGAUCCGCCCCCAUCCCGCCCCGUCCCCACAGUCCUGUAGAAUGUCGAGUCUUCAGAUCUCCUGACUCUUUCACCAGAAAUUAAUUCUGAACAGUAGGCUUCGUUUCCUACAUCACGAGGACCAUUUUGAUAGUUCUUAGAUCUCUCUGGGACAAAGGGAAAGGUGUGUACCCAUAAACCAUGGUUUGAGCAAGUACGGGGAAAAUGUC